GGGGAGUGAGAUGCCGAUACCAAGCCAGCUGUUUCACUCUUUUCUCUCUUUCCCUUUCUAUUAUCUCUCCAACUUCACUCCUUUUAUUCCCUUAUCACUUCUUAGUUCUUUCCUUAUCCUUUCGCUAUCCAGACAUGUAAUCUCUCCUUUACCAAGUUUUGUUUUACUAUUUGAUCGGAUCGGAUCGGAUCUUGCUUUCGCCAUUAAUUACUCAUGGAGAUCCGUGCCGAUGCAGAUACCAGCUCCUUUUCAAGUUUGUUCGCAGCUGUGUCAUAUGGAUUUACAUCAAUGGCCAUGGUUUUUAUCAACAAGGCUGUUCUUAUGCAGUAUGCAUAUUCAAUGACUCUCCUCACUCUGCAGCAAUUGGUUACCACCUUGCUUAUUCACUUUGGUAGAAAGACGGGAUACACGAAAGCAAGAGAACUGGAUAUGACAACGGCCAAGCGACUGCUCCCGCUCUCUAUUUUCUAUAAUGCCAAUGUUGCUUUUGCUUUGGCAAGUUUGAAAGGAGUCAAUAUCCCUAUGUAUAUUGCAAUCAAGAGGCUUACGCCACUUGCUGUACUCGUUGCUGGGUGUUUCUCUGGAAAAGGAAAACCUACAACUCAGGUGGCUCUUUCAGUGAUAUUGACUGCUGCUGGAGUUCUCAUUGCUGCCCUUGGAGAUUUUUCCUUUGACCUUUUUGGGUAUAGCAUGGCCUUUGUUUCUGUUUUUUUCCAGACCAUGUACCUUGUGCUGGUGGAAAAAUCUGGUGCUGAGGAUGGGCUUUCAUCCUUGGAAAUCAUGUUCUAUAACAGCUUUUUAUCUCUUCCAUUUUUGAUGUUUCUCAUCGUAGCCACUGGGGAAUUCCCAAAUUCUUUAUCCGUAUUAUUUGCAAAGAGUUAUUCUUUCUCAUUUUUGGUGAUCCUGAUUCUUUCAUUGGUGAUGGGCAUCAUUCUCAACUUCACCAUGUUCUUGUGUACAAUUGUUAAUUCAGCCUUAACUACAACUAUUGUUGGCGUUCUCAAAGGGGUUGUUUCCACGACCUUUGGUUUCUUCUUACUGGGUGGUGUUCAAGUCCAUGCUUUGAAUGUGAGUGGAUUGGUUAUCAAUACAGCUGGUGGUGUGUGGUAUUCAUAUGCUAAAUAUCACCAGAGAAAAAGUAAGGCGGUGAAGCUAGUACCAGAUGUGGAGGCUCAUCGUAAAUAGAAGUGGCAUCGAUAAGUUGUGGUGAAAACUAACGGUUUCAUGAAUGUUUCUUUACUUUGAUUUACUACGAUUGUAAACACUGGUAGUUUAGUUUUUUUGGUUUUCUUUUCCUUAUAAUUUUAUAGUAAUUGCAGGCUCACAUAGUCUGAGUCUAAGAUGUAGUAAUACUGACAUGAUAUUCGGAAUUGAGUAAAAUAAUUGAACUCUUGUGAUUCCAAUGCGUACCAGAA